CAACAAAAAUACAUUGUCCGGUGCAUUUGACGGCGAACAGUCGACGCGCGAGCAUCCCGUGAAGUUCGGGUCGUUGACGUACGGAGGAGCGGCAAAAGAGAAAGAGAGAGAGAAAGGGAGGUGGGUCAGAGGCGAAACGAGAACGCGAAGGAGCAAAGCAAACCGCGACGUUUUCCGCUUCCGUGUGCACACAGCUGCGAGAGGCGCAUUGAUUUCUACUUCUUCUCGCGCGCACAGACGUCGCGUGGCGUACACGAUUCAGUGAUUCACGAAGCCCGUAGUACACACAGUGAGAGUGUCGAAAAUGGUGUCCGGCGGCAUGGCCUGUGUCAAGUACCUGCUGUUUCUCUUCAACCUGAUCUUCGCGAUCACCGGCAUCGUAUUUAUUUCGGUGGGCGGUGUGAUUCUGGUUGUUUACAGCGGGUACAGCAAUUUUGUGGAUAGUUGGUUCUUUGCAGCCCCACUCUUAAUGAUAGUAGUCGGUAUCAUAGUCUUCCUUGUAUCAUUCUUUGGAUGCUGCGGCGCUGUAAAGGAGAACCACUGCAUGAUAAUAACGUUCUCGGUCCUGCUGAUGCUGAUAUUUAUUCUGGAAUUGAGCGCUGGAAUCACAGGUUACCUAAUGAGAGGAGAGGUUGCUAAUAUGUUAGAAAAUCGUCUGAAUGGUACUUUGCGACAAUAUGAGCUUAAUCCGGAUAUUCGCCGUUCGUGGGAUAUUAUGCAGCAUGAUUUACAAUGUUGCGGUAUGAAUAGCCCUGCGGAUUGGCCCCAUAUUGGUUUCCGUGAUAAUACUGUUCCCGAUUCCUGCUGCAAAGAGAUUCCUACUCAGAGCCGAUGCGAUUUAAAUUCGAUUCACGUAUACAGUGACGGCUGCAUGAUGAAACUGCAAUCUGCUAUAGAGAAUAACGCUAUGAUCCUGGGAGGAGUAGGCAUAGGGGUAGCCCUCAUACAAUUGAUCGGAGUAGUCUUUGCGUGCUGUCUGGCUCGCUCAAUUCGUCGCGAGUAUGAGACUGUCGAAACCACAGCACACUGAUCUGCCAUCAAUUAGGAGGCAUUUUUCAUAAUAUUGUUCAUCAUACAUUGAUUAAUAAAUACUUGUAGAUUCAUUACGACCGUAAUCAUUCUUACUGUGCUUACAAAUAUAUACUCAAAGAGGAAUGAUGUCACAAGUAUUUAGUGUACAGCGAUACCUUAAGUUAGCGACGUUUCGGUAUGUAUGUAUGUAAUGCAUGUGAAAGUACAUACUUCUGAGGGAAUGCAAAUUGAUGUCCCUCGUUACUUCGCUUUUUUCUUAUAAAAUAAAAAAAGACAAAUGAAGCAGCAAUAUGCAUUGAAUAUUAACAUAUCCUGUUAAAUUUAAACAUCAAAUUACUGCCAAUAUCUGCCAAAAAUGUAACAUGCAAUAUAAAAGCAAAAAGAAAAGAGAGCAACUAGUCGAAAAUGUAUACGAUCCCGUUUAUCAGAAAUUACAAUGAAAUGUUGAUCAAUUUUGGCACAUACAAUAAAAGGUGCCUGUUAAAUUAUGUGCCAUGAUGCAGUCUGAUCAAUUUUUUUCGUGCGACAUGUUUAUACAAAGUUUGGUAAUCUUUUACGAAUUAUGUACAAUCUCUGUAUUAUUAUAAGAAAUAGCAUCUAAUGUAGCCAUCAUUCCUCUUAAUUUUUGCCAGAUUUAAACAAAAAAAAAAAAAAAAAACAAAAACGAGCAUUUCUGCAUAAUCUUCCUCGAAAUGCAGAAAUGGACAAAUUAUGUAACGGUUAAUUGCAAGCAAACUUGUGUUCUGAUAUAAUUUAAUAUUACCAUAAACUAGUAUGUAUUAUAUUUGAGUACAUGCAGUCUUGGCAUCUGUUUUUAUAAUGCCUCCUCAUCUUUUUCUCUCGACAAAAAGUACAGUCUCUAAUACUUAUAAUAUAUACGAUGUUGUAGUAAUCUUGUAUUAAAUUUAUAAUAAUUUUCUGUGUUCUACAAAGAAAGAAAAACAAAGAAAAAGCAGUGUACUCUUAUUCGUAAUCGACGGUGCCCCGUGAAAUAUAUAUACGUAUACGUGUAUAUAUAGUAUCAUUAUGUAAUAUUGCAGAUGUACACAAAAAUUCUGUACAUUAUUCUGUACCGAUGAUGUAACAAAAUUAGCGCAUCUUAACAUCUAGCUCGAUUAAAACGGAGUAUCAAAUGGAAGCUAGCUCUAUCCUGUCAAUAAUUUAGCUUGUAAUGUCAGUAAACUCUGAUAUUGAUUCUCUCUUUGUGCUUCAUUGUAUUAUAUGCUAUUGACAGUCUAUUGCUGCAAAAACAUUUGUGCAUGUUUAGUGCUAAGUUCAUUCAUAUUUGGGACCAAGGCAAAAAGAUUAAUGUUAUUUUUACUGAGCAACAAGUUAUUUCUAAAAAGAAAUAAAUGAUUUAAAUGAUAGCCAUGUGAUAUAUUAAAAAGACUUUUUGAACCUCAUUCCAUUUUCCAGUCCAAAAGAGUUUUCAGUAAUAUUGGAAAAUGAAUUAAAUGAGAACGAAUUACGAUGAUACCAUUUGUUCAUUUGCUUCCAUUUAAAAAAGAAACAUUUUUUUAAUGCAACUUAAAAAUUGAUGUCAAUUGGAUGCCAACAGUAACAUUAUGUGCGUUUAAGUACAUCGAAAAUAUAUGUUCUUUUUAGAUUUGUACGUAACAAAUGAAAGAGAAAAAAAAUUUAGAGAUUUCACUGCGUCUUGUCGAUUUCACGAAUUCAAGUACCACGACUUAAAUUUGAAUUAUGUAAGUUUCUGUAGUCUUGUGUAUACAACAAAUGCAUGAAAUUUUACAACAUUCCUUUAGACAUAUGUACCGAACGUUAUAUUAGAACGUAUAUGUCUGAAAAAAUGGAGAACGUAUUUAUUGCAAAUAAUUUAUAUGUAAGAACAAAGAGUAUUGAUAUAUUUAACUAUUUUACAAUAAUGUUGAAAUAAUUUAAAUUUACCAUCGGCACACACGUACACACACACGUACACAAGUGGCAAAUGCACAAGAUCUCAGAAAUAAACAUGAACGUCCGUAGGAUAACCAUUGCAGAAACAUAGAAAUAAUAGCUAUGAGAUAUUAAAGUGUGCCUAACAUAGUAACGUUUAUGUUAUAAGUUAAUAGAGAUUAGAAAGCAUUUUCAAUGAUAUUAAUCUAUCGACCAUGCGCAAUGUAGCUUCGAAACUAGCACUUGUCCGAAACGUUUGCUCCUUUUGAUUAUAUAAAAUCAUCUGUUUUUGUCAGAGAUUAAUUAAAAAUUUUAGACUCUGUAUGUAUUAAUUGUACCAGGCAACGCAAAAGACUGACGAAGAUUAUUGUAAUCAGUAUUAACUAACAUUGGUAUUUUACAUACAAUAUAUACAUAUUAUAUAUAUUAUAUAUAUAUAUACACAUACUCACACACACGCACGCACACAUACAUACAGACACACACACAUAUACACACACACACACAUAUACACAAAUGACUUUGUACUAAAUUCUAUUUUGGCUGCUUAUGUUAUUUUUUAUUAUAAACGUAAAUUAUUAGUCAGUAUCGUUAAAGUGAUACAAAUGUAAUUUCGUUAUUACAAUGUAACUAAUUUACGGCAUUUUAGGAGCCAACAUGUCCUUAGCACAUAUUCAUCUAGCUUUUAUGUAUACUAAUAAAUUUAAUGACACUAAA